UGUAUAUAAAAGACGAGGGUAAUUCUAACGAGCUCACAAUUGUAACGGUCUACAACUUUUUAACAAUAUAAUAUGCCGGUCUCUUUUCUGUUUAUAGACAAAUCCUUCAAUGUCAAGUGUGCGUUAUGCCGUGAUAUACCUAUAGACGCAUGCGAUACACGCUGUUGUGGUAGUGUAUACUGUGCUCGGUGCAUAAACAAUCUAUCUCUAUCAUCAUCGUCAUCUAAGGAUAAGUAUUGCCCAGCCUGCUCUGCACCCAUCAGCACAUCAGACGUUUCCGAGAACUUUUAUCUGCGUAAGCGGGUAGAUGAGUUAGAGGUCUCCUGCGACACAUGUGGGGAGAGUGGAAUUCGUAGUCAGAUGCGAGAGAAACAUACGGAAGCGCAAUGCAGGGGCUCGAGAACAGCUAACUCUAAUUACGUGUACCCCCCAACGUCCCCUGCGCCUUAUACAAACACUCGAGAACGCGAAUCAACUAUUGCGGAGUCUGCUCCACCUGCAUACGAGAGCUUACGAAAUGACCUUGCUUUUGAAAGCAUACCAACGGAAGCGAAUGACGGAAGUGAUCAGAACGCACCGGAAUAUGGUCAGCAAAGUUCUGGUACUGCUACGGAUGGGGCUGUCACUGUAUCGAAGGGUUCAUACUUCAUGUCCAUCCUUCGGUCAGCUUGGUCACGAAUUGCCGGCGUAGUAGAAACUCAUCGCGCGACUAAGAAGCUCAGACGUGAACAAGCAAAUCAGAACCGAGCGGAAAAAAUCAGCAGAUGCAAGCAGAAAGUGGCUGCUAUGUGGUUAAAAAAUGCUGAGGGGUAUGGUAGCAGCAGCACAACAAUUGCAGAUACAAGUCGCGGGAAGAGUAAAAAAUGCCAGAGAGCUCAAAGAAAAGAAGCCAAAUGGGCGCGAAAACAUGAACAUUUUUCGAAAAAGUGUUACGAGCUUUUGGAACGCAAUGAUGGAGACGACGACAAACGCAAGCGCGAGUGCCGCUACCAAAGACGUUGGACGAGGAAGGCCAACCGAUGUGCACGCAAGCAGGAGAGAUGGUGUAGCCGAAUUGACUGCCGUAUAUAAGUAUAUAUAUAUAUAUAUAUAUAUAGCUUUUUCCGUUCAAAUUUAGAGGUUCAUUGCUGGGAUGCUCUUGAUUGCAUCUUCACUAUUUAGAUGUAUAUUUGAAUACGUUGCUUGGAAGGAAAAGCUUGAAGCUCUUUUAUAUCUUUUAUUUACUCUCUCUCUUUAGAAAGAAUACCACUCAUUGGUAUAGUUAUAGAUUCAAUAAAUACUGAAAGCUAUUAUGUAUAUAGCACUCGCAUUGGGUCUCGUCCAUUUGCACCUUUUUUACACAGCACGUAUCUAACUUCAAUCUGAAUAGAAUCGUAUUUCAUAGUUAAAAAGAAUACA